CAAAAAAAUGUCAUAGGAUGUAUGAACGAUUCAUCAUUACUGUGUACUAAAUAAUUUUAAAGUCCAAAAGUUGUGAAGAAUUCAGCAAAAAUGCCUGCAGUAAUCGUAGGCCCUCCUCAACGGAGUGAGCAAAUGUGGCAAGCAUUAAAAACUCACAUCACAAGAGAAAGACAACGAAAGAAACAAGAACAAGAAGCGGACGCAGAAGAAGAACGACAAAGAAAAGAAAGGGAACGACAACAGAAACAAGAUGUGAUGACUUUAGGUGAAACCAGAGAACAGAUUUCGAAUCUGGAAAACGAACUUUCACAAUUAAAGGACGAGAAACACCAAUUAUUUUUACAAUUGAAGAAGGUUUUAAAUGAAGAUGAUAACAGAAGACGACAAUUAAUUAAGGAAACAAGUGUUUGUUCUGAAGUUUUAACAGCAGUUGGAGGAUAUCCUGGAACAGGUCCUAGAGUAGUGCAUCCACAAUUGUUUCUUCCAUUACCACGAAGCAGUAGUCCUCUUUAUAAAGUUACUGUUGGUGCACCAACACAUACUUUAUUACCAACUGGACCAUUAAAAAGAACACAUAGUCCUUCACCGCCACCACCAGCUUCACCAUAUCAUGCUGGUUAUGGAUACAAACCUGCACCUUCAAUUCCAAGUUAUAAUCCUCCACCUUCCAAAUCGGAGGAAGCAGCUAGGAGAUCUGGCGAUUCCCGAGCUGUUCUCUGGAACAAGAAUAAUCAAUAUUCUGCAUCCAAUUUCUAUUCAACACCUACUGGUCAGAGUGUAUACAGUUAUUCUGCACCGACUUCACAACAAUCUCGAGAAUCAGAAUCUGCAAAAUCGGUGUACCUCUCGGGUAACAGAGCAACAUUGUCGACGCAUCAAACUGCAUACGUGACAAGUUUACAUUCACUGGAUCAUAAAGGUGCCUAUGCAGAAGAUAAAUUUUAUUUACGACCGAGCAGCCAUGUUACUGUUCAUGGUGGAGCUAUUCCAAUUCAGCAACCACCACAGGGUGCAAAGACUGGAGGAAUUACAUCGGGAUAUCCAGUGAGAGCUCCACAACCACCACCUGCUCCAUACCCACCCCCACCACCAGGUACUUAUGUCAGUGCAUCUGGUGCUAACGUUCCUGGACGACUGUUGUACACCCAACCUGGUGCACGUUAUCUUCAGAGAGAGGUUUAAAAUAGUGAUUUAUAAAUGCUUAUAUCGAGAUAUUCUGAACGUCAUAUAUUUUAUAAUCAUGAUCAUAAUCGUAUAAAAAUAUCUAUAGCUGUUUAUCCGAUCCGUAUAAAAAAUUAAAAUAAAACGUAUUUUAUAUGUCAUUAACUAAACGUGGUAUGUACUAUGUAAACAUUGUAUAAAUAUAAAAUAUGUAGAUACGUUGCUUCAUCAAUAAAUGUAACAGUUUUAUUUAUA